AAAUGUAACUUCUGUUAUAAUUUACAGACAAUCUAUUAGGAGAUCAUUAAAGAGAAUGGCGAACAAAGAAGUGAAAAACUUUGACUUCAAUGAACACCAACACAUUCGGUACAACCCUUUAAAGGAUGAUUGGGUUCUCGUGUGUCCGCAUCGCAUGAGGCGUCCGUGGGCUGGACAGGUGGAGAAGGUGCCAGAGCUGGACGUUCCCCAACACGACCCCAACAAUCCCUUGUGUCCGCGCUCUCAGAGAUCUAAUGGGGAGACAAAUCCUGAUUAUACCGAGACUUUUGUCUUCGACAAUGACUUUCCAGCAAUUCUCGAAGACUGUCCGGAACUGUCGGACGGAGAAAGCGAUCCAUUGUUCCGAACGGUUUCGGCGAAAGGAAAGUGUCGAGUAAUUUGCUUUCAUCCAAAUUCUAGCAUUUCGUUGCCUCUAAUGACUAACGAA